AUGUCGGCUGUCUUCGCCGGCGGAAGGAUUCUUCCGGAUUCCUAUCUGGAUUCUGGCCAUCGCCUUUUAUUUCAAAUCCUCUAUCAUUUCUCCAUCCAUCCGCCUCAGAUCUGUCUUUAUUUGCUUGGCUCUUCAUCUGCCGCUGUCCGAUGGUCCGUUUCGCCUCACACCGAAGCUGUCACCAUCUCUUCCUCCACAUUAGUCAUCGAUCUUCUCACAUGUGUAUUUAGGUUGUGCUGGUGUGGACCAGUCACCUUCCCAAGUUCCGCCAAUUAUUAA